GAAUCCCUCAUAAACUAAACCAACAACAACAACAAAUUAAUCUUUUGUUGGCAGCUACCUCAAUGGGGCAGCAAAAUAAAUCUAAUAAUAAUAAAAGAAAGCAUGGUCAUGAUAAUGAUGGUGUUGAUGGUGAAGAUGGGCACAUUUCAAAAAAACGAAAGAUAUAA